ACAUCUUCAUCAACACUACAGGUAUGCGCUGGAGGCUCGUCACUCGCCGCACAAUACCACAUCUAUUCUCAUCAUUUCUACGAACACGUUCCAUUUAUAGGGCCACUUCCACCGCCAUGAACCGCCCGCGCAACAAACAACCGCGACCCAAUCGCGAUGGUGACGGUGGCAACAGCGGCUCAAGAGGAGGCCAUCGAGGAGGCUAUCGCGGCGGGCGUGGAAACGGUCAAGCCCGUGGAAAUAAGAACUGGACGCCUGGAACACCACAGCAAGCAGCCGGAACAGUUCCCAACAUCCAAACAGUGGUCCCUGGUGCCGCCGUCUUCAUCAUCCUCAAGGACGAUCAGCCAACUGGCCAAGAAACAGCAGGCAUUGUGGCCCAAGUCCUUACAAAAGGCAAUCACCCACGUGGAAUCAAAGUACGCCUACAAGAUGGCCAGGUUGGCCGCGUACAAAGAAUGGGCACGGUGGAUUCUUCACAACAAGACGCCAGCUCGGGCUAUACAGGAGCAGCCUCAUCGUCAAGACCUCCCCGUCGGGACUUUAGUCACAAGUACACAGAUGUUCGGCUGGACGAGCACGAAUACCCGUCCGAGCUGCCGACGAGGAGCUUGGCUGACUUUAUGCCGGCUUUUCGAGAUCCAUCGCCGCCGCCGCCGCAAGCCGCCACUGGACCUGUGAUCAAAUGCCCCUUUUGCGACGAGUUUGAGGGCGACGAACCUGCUGUUACUCAUCAUAUUGACGAAGCGCAUCUGGCCGGAUGA